AUGGGGGAUAUCGCCGAAUAUCCCAGACACAUCCCCUAUAACAGCGACAAGAAGUCGUUCUCAGAGAAGACGGGACGAGAGAGUUUUGAAGGAUACUGGAUGCCCUUCGAAGCCGCAAAGGCCGUCGCCGCAACAUUCUGCUGGAAUAUCCGCCACGCGCUCACGCCGUUGUUCGGCCUCGACUUCCCAUCUCUAUGCGUGCCUCCCACCAACACCAGUCAAUACGGCCACAUGCUCAUCGAUCGGGAGAUCGUGCAAAAAGCCACCGAAACCGCCCACUACUACCGAAUGCUCGAGCUUCGCUCUCCGGUAGACACCUCCCUCCGACCCCCUAAACUCCACAACAGCGAGCUCGAUCGCCCUGCCUCAUCCCCGGAGCGCAGCACUCCAGACAGAUACUACGGGACCCCGACCAGUCCGUUCCAUAACACAUUCACCCCGGUGAACACACCCCGCAGCACAGAAGCGGCGUCUUCAAGCCCGCGGCAGGUCCUGGCUUCUCUUUCGAGUGUGCGCGGCAUACCCAACGACGAUAGUAGUUCCGAGGUGACGCAUUCUUCUACUCCGUACUCGGAGAGUAUGGACACUCCGACCGAGUCGGAUGAUGAGUAUCAUGCUAGCGAUAGCGAUAAUGGCAAUGCCAUUGGCAAUAUCAUCGGGCCGCAGAAUCCAACGAAUGAUGAUGACGAAUAUAAUGUGGAGACGCGCGCCCGACGGAAGUAUAGGUCGGCGCUCUUCGCCCGGGAGGUGAAGGCUGCGCAUGCUCUGCUUAGUCUGUGUAUGCAGGACGCAACUGGUAGUGAUGAGGAGUAUGUCUGGGUGGAUAGGGGGAGGAAGAGACGCAGGGCGUCUGCUUAG